AGAAAGGAGAGCUGGAAUCACAUGGACUUGUCUUUCUCUUGCUGGGUCCUCUUCCUUCUCCAUUUCCUUCACAUCUUCUCUUUCUCCAUUCUCUUCUUCUUCUUCUUCUUCACCCUUCCUUAGCUUCUUCCUCUUCUUCUUCUCUCUCUCUCUCUCUCGUCCUCCAUGGCUGAGGAUAAGGAGAUGUCUACUUCUGUUAUCAAUGGGAAUGAUUCCCUAACUGGUCACAUCAUAUCUACAACAAUUGGAGGCAAAAAUGGGGAGCCCAAACAGACUAUUAGUUACAUGGCAGAACGGGUUGUGGGAACUGGAUCAUUUGGAAUUGUUUUCCAGGCAAAAUGCUUGGAAUCUGGAGAGGCGGUCGCCAUUAAGAAGGUUUUACAAGACCGAAGAUAUAAGAAUCGUGAACUGCAGCUGAUGCGUGUGAUGGAUCAUCCAAAUGUUGUCUCUCUGAAGCAUUGUUUCUUUUCCACUACAAGUACAGAUGAACUUUUUCUGAAUUUAGUGAUGGAAUAUGUUCCAGAAUCCAUGUAUAGGGUCAUCAAGCACUACAGUAAUGCUAAUCAAAGAAUGCCUAUCAUCUAUGUGAAGCUUUAUAUGUACCAGAUUUUCAGGGGAUUGGCGUAUAUCCACACUGUUCCUGGAGUUUGCCACAGAGAUUUGAAGCCUCAAAAUAUAUUGGUUGAUCCUCUUACACACCAAGUUAAGCUAUGUGAUUUUGGAAGUGCAAAAAUGCUAGUUAAGGGUGAAGCUAACAUAUCAUACAUAUGUUCACGUUUCUAUCGAGCUCCAGAACUUAUAUUUGGUGCCACCGAGUAUUCUACUUCAAUUGAUAUUUGGUCUGCUGGCUGUGUCCUUGCUGAGCUGCUUUUGGGCCAGCCAUUAUUCCCUGGAGAAAAUGCAGUGGACCAGCUCGUGCAUAUUAUAAAGGUCCUUGGAACACCCACUCGGGAGGAAGUACGCUGUAUGAAUCCUAAUUACAAUGACUUCAGGUUUCCACAAAUUAAAGCACACCCAUGGCACAAGAUCUUUCACAAAAAGAUGCCUCCAGAAGCUAUUGAUCUUGCUUCCCGGCUUUUGCAAUACUCUCCAAGUCUUCGGUGUACUGCGCUUGAAGCAUGUGCACAUCCUUUCUUUGAUGAACUCCGAGAACCCAAUGCUCGUCUGCCAAAUGGUCGUCCACUUCCCCCUCUAUUCAACUUCAAACAAGAAAUAUCCGGAGCAUCUCCAGAGCUUGUUAACAAAUUGAUACCUGACCAUGUGAAGCGGCAAAUAGGACUACAAUUUGUUCAUGUGCCAGCAUCUUAAUGAUAAGCAAAUGGCAUAGCGUAAACUAAAGCAAAAAUGGCACCAUUAUUUUUGUCUAAGUUAUCAUGUUCUGUGGCAUGGCCAGUGAACAUGCACACUGAGAAUCAGAGUGCUGGAUGGCUGCAAUUGAUCCUUCAGUAUAUGUGUAUACACCUCUUGGUUCGCCCCUUCUGUUGGAUCUUUAUUUCCCUGGAAAAUAGUCUUUCCCUUCCAUGUUUAAUUGUAAACUACAACGUCAUAGUAAUAGUAUAGUUGACCUGAAUUGGUCAGAGAAAACAUGCAUCUGUGAGGGGGAAAACUAAACCCUUAGCUGGAUGGAGGGUCCACACAUACAGGAUGGGGUCUUGGAGUUUUGAUGGUGGGAUAUGUUGUCGGUUGUUGGGUUUGGUUUCCUCACUCUAUGUUAAUAUAUUUGCCGGAUUUGCAACUUGUUAAGUUACUUCCCUUUCCAAAUGUAAUGUGCUAUCUGUUUCUCUUUAA